CCGCUUCUCUCCGCCAGGAUUGCCGCGAGGAUGGCAUGGAUUUAGGCAGCGACGCCGGCAGCAGCCGCUCCAGCUCGGAAUCCAACUCCAGCAAAGCCACGCCGUGCUCGGAGGGCAAGUGCUCGCCGUCCCCCAGCAGCCUGGACCUGGCGGCGCUGGAGGACUCGGAGGAAGAGGAGGAGGAAGAGGAGGAGGAGGAGGAGGACGGGGGGUCUCCGCCGUUCCCCGCCGGCCAUGGGCGCCGCUGCGGCCCCGGCGCUGCCCGGCGCUGCCCCCGCCCGCGGCCCCCGCCCCGCUCGGACCCCGCGCAGCGGCGGCGCGGAGCGGCCGCGGGGCCCGGAGGGAGGAGGAGCGCGGGGCCGAGGCCCCCCCGGGACACGAGGCCCCCCCGGGAACCGCAGCCCCCGGCCAUGGACUGGGCAGCCCUGGAGAGGCACCUGGCCGGGCUGCAGUGCCGGGAGCAGGAGCGCAACACGCGGGCCAGCGCCGCCUCGGCCCAGAAGAAUGAACGCGAGUCCAUCAGGCAGAAGUUGGCCCUGGGCAGUUUCUUCGACGAUGGCCCCGGGCUCUACACGAGCUGCAGCAAGAGCGGCAAACCCAGCCUGUCCUCCCGGCUGCAGAGUGGCAUGAACCUGCAGAUCUGCUUUGUCAACGACAGUGGCAGUGACAAGGACAGCGAUGGCGAUGACAGCAAGACAGAGACCAGCCUGGACACGCCUGUGUCACCCAUGAGCAAGCAGAGCUCGUCCUACUCGGACAGGGACACGACAGAGGAGGAGUCAGAGUCCCUGGAGGACAUGGAUUUCCUGAGCAGGCAGAAGAAGCUGCAGGCUGAAGCCAAGAUGGCUUUGGCUAUGGCAAAGCCCAUGGCCAAGAUGCAGGUGGAGGUGGAGAAGCAGAACAGGAAGAAAUCUCCAGUAGCAGAUCUUCUGCCCCACUUGCCCCAUAUAAGUGAGUGCCUGAUGAAGAGGAGCCUGAAGCCCUCGGACCUGAGGGACAUGAGCCUCGGGCAGCUGCAGGUGAUCGUCAAUGACCUGCACUCCCAGAUCGAGAGUCUGAACGAGGAGCUGGUUCAGCUGCUGCUGCUGCGGGAUGAGCUGCACACGGAGCAGGAUGCCAUGCUGGUGGACAUCGAGGAUCUCACCAGGCACGCUGAGAGCCAGCAGAAGCACAUGGCAGAGAAGAUGCCAAGCAAGUGACUCCUCCUGCCUGGUCCUGCCCAGGCAAUCCCAGAGCCCCAGCCUUGCUCAUUGACCGUGUCUGAAGCUUUCUGUCUGCUCAUUGGCCUCUGCUUCUUAAUUUAUUUUAAUUUUUUUUUUUUUUUUUUUUACUCGUGCCACUAAAUAUCAGGCGUUUUAAUAAUAAUAAUGUUGUUAUUAUUAUUAUU